CCUUCAUUCAAACAAGCGCUCGUCCGCGCUCGUCGGCGGCCGCCCGUCGAGUGGAAACCCCGGAGCCAGUGUGCCGUUUUGUCCUAAACAAGAGCGGACUGCCACCGAGAGCUCCGACAGACGAGCCCCGCCGAGUCUCGCUGAAAUCUCAGCGUUGACUUGAAGAGUUUUGCGCCUCGGAUCUGUUUUCUCAACGCCGCCCGACGCACCCUCUCGCCUCUUUCACUCGCUCGACGCGUAAAACGAUAGGCACCGUUUUUUGUUGUUGUUGUUGUUUUGUUGCGUUUCUCUCCCCCCCCGCUUGAGUUCAUUGAAGAGUUUGGAUUUGUAUGAAAUACUCGCCGAGAGUGAGCCGUGCGUUUACUACGUAGCGUGGAGCUACCAGGGAUUACCGACGAUCGCUCAUAUUUCACGCGCCUCAGCGCGCAUUUUUGCAAUGUGACAUUGAGCAAUCUCACACACGCGCGUGCGAUACCUGAGGUAUCCCCCCCUCCCCCUUCCCGGAGCGACUUGCGGGCUAGCGCAAAACUUCGCCCGUGGCCUGGAUCAGUGCGGCGAAGCUAGCCGUUAGCCACCGACCGGCCAGCACGUCUAGUCGCUCCCUCAUACGUGUUAUUAGUUUGCGCGGAGGUUGUUGUUUUGUUUUUUCCCCCCAGUCGCCAUCUCGCGAUUUAAAACCGCGCUACUUCCAGUCAGACGAUGCGUUUUCUCACGAGCGAAUCCGCCGCCGGCAGUUGGCGUCUCCGGGCGAAGCUAACGUCCGCGGCGGGUUACCCGUGAGGCUGCUUAGCGUCGCCGCCGUUAGCCCUCUUGGGCUGAACACGUUGGUCUGUCCCUCCGCCCAUCUUCCGGCAUGUCUGUUGUUAUUUUUGUUUGCUCGUCGGAUCAGGCGGCGUAACACACCACACACAAAAAGAAAAGGAACCCCCCGCCCCACCCCCCAAAUUGUCUCCGGCUGGGUUUGAUUUGUGCUCCCGGGGUUUAGUCUCAAUUUGCUCCGGGCAACGCUCGAUAUCGACUUGGUCAGUCAAUAUGAGGCUCCGGACUUGGUUGACGUUUUUCUGCAUUAUGUGGAGUUGUCAUCAGACGGACGGAGAAAUUUGUUCAAGCAAGGACAUCCGGAACAAUGUGACCAACAUGCACACACUAGAGAACUGCACAGUGAUUGAAGGCCAUCUGAAAAUUCUGCUUAUGUUCAAAACUAAGCCUGAAGAUUUCCGAGGCCUCAGUUUCCCCAAGCUGACAGUGGUCACAGACUACCUUCUGCUCUUCAGGGUGUAUGGCAUGGAGAGCCUCAGUGACCUCUUCCCCAACCUAACUGUCAUCAGGGGCAACAACCUGUUCUUCAACUAUGCUUUGGUGGUGUUCGAAAUGCUCCAGCUUCGAGAAAUCGGCCUCCACAGUCUGAUGAACAUCACCAGAGGAGCUGUGAGGAUUGAGAAGAACCCCGACCUCUGCUACCUGUCCACGCUGGACUGGUCCAAGAUCUUGGACUCGGUGGAGGACAACUACAUUGUGGCCAACAAGAAUGACCGUGAGUGUGGGGAUGUGUGCCCUGGGGCAGCCAAGGGGAAAGCCACCUGCCAGACGACCACCAUCAAUGGACACUUCAGUGAACGCUGCUGGACACAGAAACACUGUCAAAAAAUGUGCCCUGUUCACUGUAAGUACCGUGCCUGCACUGGAGACGACCAGUGCUGCCACAGCCAGUGCCUCGGGGGCUGCCUGAAGCCCGAUUCUGCUAGUCACUGUGUGGCCUGCCGCAACCUCCAACACCAGGGCACCUGUGUGGAGCGCUGCCCUGUCAAUCACUACACCUUCAAGGGCUGGCGCUGUGUCUCCUUCGCCUUCUGCCAGGACCUGCACAACAAAUGCAAGCGGGAGAAGGAGCAGAGCAAGAGUCUGGACUGCCACGAGUACGUCAUCCACAACGGAGCCUGCAUCCCUGAGUGUCCCUCCGGCUACACAACCAUCAACUCCUCCUCGCUCAAUUGUACUCCCUGUGCGGGUCUCUGUCCCAAAGUAUGUAUGGGUCUUAAAACGGUGGACUCUGUCACGGCUGCCCAAGCUCUGAGAGGCUGCACUGUUCUCAAUGGGAACCUGGUGAUCAAUCUGCGGGGAGGAACCAACAUUGCUGCCGAGCUGGAGGCCAACCUGGGCCAGCUGGAGGAAAUCACAGGCUACCUGACGGUGCGGCGCUCUUACGCCCUUGUCUCCCUCUCCUUUUUCCGCAAGCUCCGUGUCAUCCGUGGAGAGGUCCAGGAAGUCGGGAACUACUCAUUCUAUGCCCUGGACAACCAGAACCUACGCCAGCUCUGGGACUGGUCCAAGCACAAACUGACCAUCCUGCAGGGACGCAUGUUCUUCCACUACAACUCCAAGCUCUGUAUGUCUGAGAUCCACAAGAUGGAGGAGGUCACAGGGACAAAAGGACGCCAAGUCAAGAAUGAAAUUUCUUCAAAGACCAAUGGAGACCAGGCCUCCUGUGAAAACCAGGUGUUAAAGUUCACCCAGGUCCGAACCCUGAGCGAUAAGAUCAUCAUCAAGUGGGAGCCCUUCUGGCCUCCGGACUUCCGAGACCUCCUGGGCUUCAUGGUUCUCUACAAAGAAGCACCCUUCCAGAACGUGACAGAGUUUGAUGGGCAGGAUGCCUGCGGCUCUAACAGUUGGGUGAUAGCAGAUGUGGAACCGCCACCGCGAGCCACUGAGGGAAGCAAGGAACAGACUGAACCAGGGCACCUCAUCCUGCCGCUGAAGCCCUGGACGCAGUAUGCCAUCAUGGUCAAGACCCAGCUCUCAGCCACUGAGGAGCACCAGGUCCAUGGAGCCAAGAGCAAGAUCAUCUACGUGCGCACCAAUGCCACCAAGCCCUCAGUCCCGCUGGACCCGAUCUCCUCCUCCAACUCCUCCUCGCAGAUCAUCUUGAAGUGGAAACCGCCAAACGACCCCAACGGCAACAUCACUCAUUACCUGGUCUUCUGCCAGCGCCAACCUGAGGCCAGCGAGCUCUAUAAAUUUGACUACUGUCAGAAGGGGAUGAAGCUGCCGUCGCGGGUCCCCACGCAGGUGGACAGUGACGAGGAGCAGAAGUGGAACCAGACGGAGGAGCAGGGCCAGGCGACACGCUGCUGUGCCUGUCCCAAGACGGACAAGGAGCUCAAGAAGGAGAAGGAGGACUCCGAGUACCGCAAAACUUUCGAGAACUACCUUCACAACGAGGUCUUUGAGAUCAAACCCACCCGACAACGGCGCUCAGCCAUGGGCAUCGCCAACCGGACGUACCCCUUCCUCACCACCGCCCCAAGCCCGCCCGAUGGCACGUGGGCGCCCGAGGAUGAGGUGGAGAGCUUUGAGAGCACCAAGAUCGUGGUCACAGUCCCCGCCAAGGAGUCCACUGUUAUCUCCAACCUGCGUCACUUCACCAGCUACCAGAUUGAGAUCCAUGCCUGCAACCACCCCACCGACCCAGCCCGCUGCAGCAUGGCUGCCUAUGUCAGCGCUCGCACCAUGCCUGAGGACAAGGCUGAUGACAUCGUGGGGUCCAUCGCUUACAAGGUGUCCGAGUACACGGUGCAUGUUAAAUGGCAGGAGCCCAAAGCACCCAAUGGCAUGAUUAUUCUGUAUGAGGUCAACUACAAGAGACUGGGAGAUGCUGAGGAGCUCCACCACUGUGUGUCCAGGAACAUGUACAAAAUUUCCAACGGCUGCAAGCUGAGAGUGGUGCGCCCUGGGAAUUAUACUGUGAGGAUCCGUGCCACCUCCCUGGCAGGCAACGGUUCCUGGACCGAGCCCACCUACUUCUACGUCCAGGACAUGAGGGUUGAUCCCACCAAUUUGGUGAAGAUCAUCAUCGGGCCGGUCAUCUGCUUAGUCUUCUUUCUGUUCGUGGUGGCGGCCGGAUUUGUGAUGUUCAAAAAGAAGCAAACCCAAGGGCCUAGCGGACCCAUCUAUGCCUCUUCGAACCCAGAGUACCUCAGUGCUAAUGAUGUGUACGAGCCGGAUGAAUGGGAGGUGCCCAGGGACAAGAUCAGCAUUCUGAGGGAGCUGGGUCAGGGCUCCUUUGGAAUGGUCUAUGAGGGCAUCGCUAAGGACAUCGUUAAGGGUGAGCCAGAGAUGCGUGUCGCGGUGAAAACGGUCAACGAGUCCGCCAGCCUGAGAGAGAGGAUCGAAUUCCUCAACGAGGCCUCCGUCAUGAAGGCCUUCAGCUGUCACCAUGUGGUACGUCUGCUGGGUGUGGUUUCCAAGGGCCAGCCCACUCUGGUGGUGAUGGAGCUCAUGACUCAUGGAGACCUCAAGAGCUACUUGCGCUGUCUACGGCCAGAUGCUGAGAACAACCCAGGGCGUCCGCCGCCCACACUGAGGGAGAUGAUCCAGAUGGCGGCAGAGAUUGCUGACGGCAUGGCCUAUCUCAACGCCAAGAAGUUUGUACACAGAGACCUGGCAGCCAGGAACUGCAUGGUGGCUCACGAUCUUGCCGUCAAAAUAGGAGAUUUUGGCAUGACCAGAGACAUCUAUGAGACCGACUACUACAGGAAAGGAGGGAAGGGCCUGCUGCCUGUAAGGUGGAUGGCCCCUGAGUCUCUGAAGGAUGGAGUCUUCACUGCACACUCAGACUGCUGGUCGUUUGGGGUGGUCCUGUGGGAGAUCAGCACGCUGGCUGAGCAGCCUUACCAGGGCCUGUCUAAUGAGCAGGUCCUCAAGUUUGUCAUGGACGGAGGCUACCUGGACCGACCAGACAACUGCGCCGACAGGCUACACAACCUGAUGCAGAUGUGCUGGCAGUACAACCCCAAGAUGCGUCCCACCUUCCAGGAGAUCAUCGAGAUGCUGCGGGAGGACCUGCACCCGUCCUUCCAGGAGGUCUCCUUCUUCUACAGUGAGGAGAACAAGCCGCCCGAGAGCGAGGACUUUGACCUGGACAUGGAGAACAUGGAGAGCAUCCCGCUGGACCCGUCGUCCUACUCCCAGAGAGAGCAGUGCUCGGACAGGGACGAGGCCUCCUCCGUUGGCCUGAGGGCCAGCUACGAGGAGCACCACAUCCCCUACACGCACAUGAACGGGGGCAAGACCAAUGGACGAAUACUGGCUCUGCCCCGGUCCAGCCCCUCAUAACAUUGUGUAUACUCCCUUCCCAAACACACACACACACACACACACACACA